CAACUAAGUCGAGAUUUCAAAAUCAUUUACCCCCUGUUGUACCAUCUAAACAGUUGCGACGCGAACUUAUUGAUUUUUGUUUUUGUACUGUCGAUAAAUUCGAAAGCUGGCUUGAAGGUUGGUUUAAUAUUGGUCACAAGAAGUCUUCCUUUAAUCAAAUUUACAAGGAAAACUUGGCCGAAUGGAUAUCUUGGAGCUUUUUUGCUACUAGCCUAAAAAAUAUUCGCAACCAUCCUGAAUAUUCAGAAGAAAUAAAUGAAAUAAUUGAUUUAAUAGAAAAGCGUAUGAAUGUUAAGUUUCGUCAAGGAUACAAUCCAAAUUGUGAAUGUAUUAAGCUCACCUUAGACCCUGUUCAAGCUAUUCCUAGGCCCUUCAUUUUUUAUGCUACUAUCUUCUUAUUGAGUUUUGGAUUCAAUACCUUCUUGAAAUUUUAUGGAUUCGAACAUUAUGGUUCAAAAAACAAUAUCUUGAACGGUUACUGGUCAAGUACCCUGGAAUUUGAUAUUCAUGAAGGUUAUCCUCCAUCAAAAAUCAGCUAUUGGUAUUACAAUCCUCAUUCUUGUUUCCCAUCAAGAAAAAAAGGUCAUCUUAAACCAAUCGUUUUUAUUCAUGGUGUUGGUGGUGGUUUAUUUUGUUAUCUUAAUUUUAUCAAAAAAUUGAGGAAAUUGGAUCGUCCUUUGUUUUUGGUUGAAUUACCUUAUGUUUCAAUGCAGAUGGUUGAAGACGUUCCAACAAUGGAGGAAACUGUUCGUGAAAUUGAAGAAAUGCUUGUCUCUCGAAAUUAUCCAAAAGCUGUAUUCGUUGGUCAUUCGUUAGGCACUGCUGUGUGUGCUUGGAUGGUAAAGGAAGCCAGGAAACGUAUUAGUGGUCUAGUCUUGAUAGACCCAAUCAUUUUUUUACUACAUUACCCAAAUGUAGCUUAUAAUUUCAAGUAUCGGAUUCCGCAAGCUGCCAAUGAGGAUAAUCUUGUUCCUUCGAAGGAGGUUUACAAAUAUCUUACUAAAAAUAAUGUGAAUGUUCACAUGAUGCACAAAUUGGAUCACUCGAGUUUCUUGUUUAAUUCUCACUGGGAAGAUAAAAUAAUUAACGACAUUUUGAAAUGUUCUAAUUCUAGAAAGUCUUACAUGAAAUAG